UUUUAUCUCACUGAAGUGUUAAUCCUUCUAAAUAUAACCUCUUUAGCCUUUGCACCUCUUGUGAAAACUCAAAGCCCCACGAAGCCGCUCUGUUUCGCCCCGGAUAAUAAUGGACCGGUACCAGAAGGUGGAGAAACCAAAAGCUGAAACACCCAUAAACGAGAAUGAACUCAGGAUUACAGCUCAAGGGAGAAUGAGGAAUUAUAUUUCUUACGCCAUCACUCUGCUUCAGGAGAAAGGUGCCAAUGAGAUUAUACUUAAAGCCACUGGCAGGGCUAUCAACAAGACUGUCAUGAUUGCUGAAUUAAUUAAGAGGAGGAUUGCUGGUCUUCAUCAGAACACAUCGAUCGGAUCGAUAGAUAUAACAGACACAUGGGAACCACUGGAAGAAGGCCUUCUUCCCAUAGAAGCCACUCGCCAUGUUUCAAUAGUCACUAUUACUUUGUCUAAAAAAGAGCUGGAUUCAUCUUCAAUAGGAUAUCAGCCUCCUAUCCCAGCUGAUCAAGUGAAGCCAUCAACUGAGUUCGAGGACAACGAAAGAGGCGAUGUCAAUGGUGGCAUGGUGGAGAACAUGAAUGGAGGAUAUGAUAGGGGGCAAGGUUAUGGGGGCAGAGGUCGAGGUCGUGGUAGGGGGCGUAGUUUCCGAGGGCAUGGGAGAGAGUAUGGUGGUGGAAAUAUGCAUCAGGACCACUGCCUGCCGAGGGUCGCGGUCGUGGACGAGGGAGGGGAAGGGGACGUGGGUGCGGUCGAGCUCAGGGUUUAGUUUCCGAUGGCCAUUUCCAGAAAGGUGCUUGAGUAACAAGCACCAUCCUAGAUCCUUCUGCAGAACUAUGGCUUUCGAUUGAAACAAAACCAGUGGAUGGCUGCUCUAUACAUCGCCAGUCUUUGUUU